UAUUCACCUUUAUAACUAAAAUAGCAAGCAUUAUUGCAUACAACUCAUCAUUACUCAAAUAGCAAGCAUAUUAGCCAGCAUAAAACUCAUCAUAUAUUCAGCAUUACUCACUUUUGCUUCGCCACAUGUUUAAUUUCCUUUAAGUGCGUUCCCUUGUGCACCAUUUUGGCUUUUUCAAUGAAGCACAUUUUUUAAAAAUUGGAGGCUUCUCAAAUCUCAAUGAAGCUCGACCCCAGCCAGAGGUUCUGCCUUUUGGACCUCUGAACUCGUUAAGAACUAUUAAAAUUCAAUUGCAGAAAUAGUUGUCGAUACUAAAAUCACCAACAAGACAUGAUGAACGAAACUCAGAUGUAUGGCUACACUAUGUUGCUUUACGAUGAUACUUUUAGUAUCUGGUGAAGUAGGAAUGAUGAUGGUGAACGGGGAAGGAAAUAACAAUAAAGAAGUGUUAUUAGGUCCGUUAGAGCCGUUUUGUUUGCCACAAACGAAUCCGCCGUGUCGCACCGACGCGGAGUGCACUAGUAAAACCCGGACCGGACCGAAACCGGAGGCAAAUGUGAUGGAGCUAGCAUUUAUCCGGUCUGAACCAGUAGAGUCCGGGUCACCCAUCACCUUCCCGGCCAUCACCCUAGCUACCAUCGACUUCACCGUCGCCGCCAUCAUCUUCACCAUCGCCUUCACCUUCGCUGAUCGAGGGUUCGCUGCUUCCAGCGACCUUCGUCUAUCCCUGCUCCUCGGGAUCUGCGCCACCUUCGAAUCAUACCGAGAGAUAGGUACAGCGGCGCUGUAGAAUACUAUUUGCGCACAAAGAGCUCUCUCUAUCUUAUUGAUAACCGUUGCUUCAGUCAGGCAUGACAGCCACCAAAGAUUUCUGGCCAAUGAAGCCACUGAAAAAACUCAAUUUCUGCAUUUGCAAACCAAAUUUUCAUUUAUUUCUUUGGAUUAAAUGCUCUGUAUGAUUCUGAAUUCAUGGAUGGUCAAAUUGACAUCAAUUGUAUAACAAGACAUUAGGACUUGAGGAUGAGGAGAAAUGUAAACUCACAGUUUGAUGGUUUCCAUCCCAUAAUUGACUCUUCGCGAUCAAACACAAGGCGAUAGCCAGCCAUGAAAUUCUCUGAGAAGAAUCGAUCAUUGUUCAAGGAAUUAGCAUGCAUGCAUGAAAUCAGAGAUGUGUUUGAAAAUGUGGAUAGAUGGGUGAUUUGUUCCAAGGUGUGUGUGGUGUCCACAUUACUCUACUAAUACAAGCUGUUUUGAAAGAACAUAGUGAUGGUAAAUUGUGCUUUGUAUGGAGCUGGCGGCGGUGGUGUUGGUCACGAGCUCUCAAGGCGGAGUAGUACUCCACAGUGCCUUGUUUAGGCAACCCUUUGUUACCCAGUACAGCAGUGACCUCAUCAGAGUGCCGAUGAAACAUAGUAAACUCAGACAUGAUAGAAAUAGAUUGUGAUGUCACUACAAGUAGUGAUAUCAAAGAAAAAACACUCCAUAGUAUUGCAGUAGCCAUAUGUUGUAGCUAGGAAGAAGCUAAGAGAAGGGCAGAGUUAAGAAACAAGCUAAGAAGAAUUACUGUCAAGAAAGAGGAAGUUUAGUAAAAUACUAAUAUUAUU